AUGUUAAGCAAAUCAAUAUCAAAUGCACUACCUAUGGCGCCCUCUAAAAUAGAUGGAAUGGGCCGAACUUUUAAAGUUAAAUGUGCAACAUGGGCACUUGAUCAUAAUGUUGGUGUUGUAAUAAGUAAUGGUCAAAUAGAUAAAGGAAUAUUAAAUAUUAUUGAUGGAAAAAAGGUUGGAACAUUUUUUACAAAUACACCAACACAAACAUUACCAGUUGAUGUUCAAGCUCUUAAAGCUCGUGAUGGUAGUCGACUUUUACAAAAAUUAACAACAGAACAACGAAAAAUAAUUAUUAAUAAAAUGGCAUCAAAUUUAGUUGAAUAUUCAAAAGAUAUUCUUCAAGCAAAUAAACAUGAUUUAGAAGAAGCAACGAAAGAAGGUCUUAAAACAUCAUUACUUGGUCGACUUGGUCUAUCAGAAAAAAAAUUAAAAACUUUAUCGAUUGGUCUUCAACAAAUAGCUGAAAAAACUAAUGUGCUUGGACAAAUUGUUCGACAAACACGUUUAGCUGAUGGACUCAUGUUAAAACAAAUAACAGCCCCAAUUGGUGUUCUUCUUGUUAUAUUUGAAUCUCGACCAGAUAGUUUACCACAAAUUGCUGCUUUAUCUAUUUGUUCAGGAAAUGGUCUUUUAUUAAAAGGUGGUUCAGAAGCGAAAUAUUCAAAUGAAAUAUUAACAAAAUUAAUGCAAGAUGCACUUGAGCCAUUUGUUCCUCGUGAUACAAUUGCUUUGAUUAGUACACGUGAACAAGUAGCUGAUCUUCUUCAAUUAGGAAAAUACAUUGAUCUUGUUAUCCCACGUGGUUCAAAUGAACUUGUUCGUACCGUACAAAAACAAAGUGUACAAAUACCUGUAUUAGGCCAUGCUGAAGGUAUUUGUCAUGUAUUUAUUGAUAAAGAUGCAGAUUUAGAUAUGGCUUUACGUAUUGUACGAGAUUCAAAAUGUGAUUAUCCAAGUGCAUGUAAUGCUAUGGAAACAUUACUUGUACAUAAAGAUCUUAUUCGAACAUCAUUUUUUGAAUCACUCAUUGAUUUAUUUCGUGCUGAAAAGGUCAAAGUUUAUUCAGGUCCACGUCUUUCUACAUUACUUGCAUUUCCACCACCACCAGCAAAUUCAUUACGUAUCGAAUACGGAGAUUUACAAUGUUGUAUUGAAGUUGUAGAUGAUGUUAAUGAUGCAAUUGAACAUAUUAAUAAAUUCAGUUCAAAUCAUACAGAUUCAAUCGUAACAGAAAAUAAAUAUACUGCCAAUGAAUUCAUAACUAAUAUUGAUAGUGCAUGUGUUUUUCAUAAUGUUAGUACACGAUUUUCUGAUGGUUAUCGAUUUGGUUUAGGUGCUGAAGUUGGUAUUAGUACAGGUCGUAUUCAUGCUCGAGGUCCUGUUGGUGUUGAAGGUUUAUUAACAACAAAAUGGAUUGUUCAAGGUAAUGGUGAUGUUGCAGCUGAUUUUACUGAAGGAAGAAGAAGAUUUAUUCAUGAAUCAAUCAAUCCACGACAAUCAAAUGUCUCAUAA